AUGACACUACAACACCAGGCGGUUACGACUAUAAAUGAGUAUGGUAAAGAUGUUGGGAUUGUGGGGUAUUGUGGAACAGGAUUGUUGGUAUUGAUAUGGACUGCUUUUGGGGUAUCUUGUGUUGCAACGGGAGCAUGGGGAUGGAGUAUGCUGUUGAGGGAAAGUGGGGAAGACAAUAGUGAAGUUUUGGAUGGAGGAGUGUAUAUGAAUUGCGUUGAAAAUUCGGCGAAGACGGGUACAGACAGGCCAUUGAGGCUGGCUAUGAGAGAAGGGAAAGUAGUGAAGGCAGCCGAGGAAACAAGAAUUAUGGAGCUCGAGCUUAGAUAUGUGAGUGAGAGUCAGAUCGGGCUUGCUCUGUAA